AUGGGCACUUCGAAAGAGAGUCAAAGGAGUAGCGAUGAAGAUGAUGGAGAGGUGAUUAUACCCUGGAGGUUUGUCCCUUAUUCAGUUCGAAGAGAGCUGAUUACUAAACUGAACCCAGAUGUGACAAUGUCAGGAAAUGAUUGGAGGAUGCUGGCCAGUGAACUUGGAUAUACUACGGGAGAAAUUAGUUUUAUUGAGUCCGAAAAAGACAACAAUACCACUGUGCUGUUCAGACAUUACGACACAAAACCUGGAGCUUCCCUCAAUGAUGUUUACAGAUCCUUGGAGAAGAUGCAGAGGCAUGACUGCCUGGAGGUUAUCAGAAAUGCAUUGUCAGAGAUACAGCAAGCCUACAAUAAAUCCAACGAGUCACAGAACCUUCACGUGGCCGAGACCUCAGAAAUGCUGGCCUCCAGGCCACACUACCAAUGGCCUGGCUCCCCUUAUGCCUGCCCUUGUCACAUUUUGCCUCUGCCAAACAACAUCAGUACUGUCGACAACAGCAAUCUCUUCAGCAGUGACAGCAGUAACAGUGACAGUUUUAACAACAGACAGAAAGUAGCUCGGCAGUACUCAGACGAAUGUAACAUUACACAAGCCUCCAGUGGAGAUAAGCGCUUCAGAAAUAUCAGCAGCAGCAGAGAUACUCUAGGAAGCAUUGAAUCGAUUGACCAGCAUGGCCUCACUUCACAGAGAACUCCUGCCCAGGUGGCUGGCGGAAUUAGACCUCAAAAUAGCCACAACAAGUGCCCCAAGUUUGUCCACCCUUCAGAUGCUUCAGCGUUGGGAGAUUAUAGAGAGAGGUUCUACGAGCCAGACUCUGAGGUGAAGGUCAGAAAUGAGUCUGGAGAGCCUGUAACAAUGGGUUCUGGUGAUGUCUCAAACCAAGGCAGCUACAGCGAAGCCAAGACUAGCUUGGCCCACUUGGCCAAGCUGGCAACCGUGCCGGACAAGUUCAAGCCUACAAAUGAGUACACAACAGUUGUUGCGAAGCAGAAGAUUGACAUAGAUAAACACAAAGAUGGGAAAGGUUCAUUGGAUUGUUCAUCUCAUAGCAAUGGAUCAUCUAUAGAUAGAAGUCACCCUUCAACUUUUCCCAUGAGAGUGAAGGUCAAGCAUGAGCGAGGUAUGGAAGACAUUAAAAAUCUGACCAUUUCCAAGAAAUCAGCAUCAAUGCCUCAGAAUAUGAAGCCUGUGGAGUACAGGAAAGCAUUCCGACAUAUUAAAGUGUUUGUAACAUACAGCUACGAUAAUGAAAGCCACGGCAAACAGGUACUGUCCCUGUGUAAGUUUCUGCAGUCCAAUGGCUUUGCCUGCUGUGUGGAUGUUUGUGAGCGGAAGACCUCAGCCAAAUCCUUGGAGCAGCUGGAGUGGUGCCGGAAGAAAGUUCUGGAGGCUGAUUUUGUUCUGGUUUGCAUCUCUCCGAGAUACUUGGAGGAUAUCUCACCCUCAAGCUCCACGUUACCUCAGAACAAUCAGCGCAAGCUUCACACAAGGGAAAUUUAUGAGCUGAUGAACAGCGAGUACCUGAACAACCAGCACGGCUACGACGGCGAGAGCAACAGCUGCGUCACCUCACCACCACGUUUUGUGCCUCUCCUGUUUCCGAAAAUGACACACAGCCAUGUGCCGGCAUGGAUGAUGAAUGGGCCAGCCUACAUGUGGCCAAACCAGUACAAGGAUCUGGCAUGGAUGCUGACCAAACCCCAGGAGAGAAUCAGAGGAAGAAAGGAAGCUUUAGAGGAACAUUUUGAGGAAAGAUAA